AAAAAAUAUUGUGUGCAUUUUUAUCCGAAAACAGUAAUUACGGAAGCGUAAAAGCUUUGAGUUUAAACUGUUUCCACCAAGAGUUAGUCAAGCACUCCGGGGCCUCUUACGUCCACGAAUUAGCAAUAUACAAAGAUGACAGCGGUGCAUUUAAAACAAAUAUUGUCUUCAUGUUUCCUAUGUUUUUAUUUGAUUGGCAGCGUCCAAAGUGUAGUGCAACAGUUAGGCUCAGGGGAGUUUAACGAGUUUCUGCGAAAUAAUCAGCUGACACUUGUGUUAUUUAAGGCAUCAGAUGACUGUCCCACAUGCAGUGAAGCCCUGGAUAUGUUGGAUCAGACACCGCAGCCAGACCUGCUUGACACAGAGAUCGUGAAGCGCUUCAUGACAGAUGAUACUCUCGCUGCACAACUGGGGGCCAGUGACUACCCAUCUCUGGUCUACUUUAGAGGAGCAUACCCGGCUCUAUACCAUGGAGGUCUCCAGAGUGAAGAAGACAUCCCUGAUCUUGUAGAAUGGCUGCAGUCUGCCGCAACCAUUGCUACUCAGGACCUUCAUGAAAGCUCUUUUGAACACCUCACCCAGGCAUCCUCUGGAGCUACCACGGGAGACUGGUUUGUUCUCUUUUUCCAGCCAGACAGUGAGGAAAGUAUGAGGAUUUUGCCGUCAUGGGAGUGUGCUGCCAUCAGGCAAAAACACAGGAUGAACUUUGCCAAGGUUGACAUUGAUCUCAACAAGAAGCUGGGAGCAAGAUUCCAAAUCACCAAAUGUCCAACUGGUAUUUUGUUUCGUCAGGGGAAGAUGUACAUGUAUGAGCCGGAGAAAUGGGACUCAGAUUCUAUUGUGGCGUUUGUCGAGGGCUGGUACAAAAAUGUCAAGGCGAAACCAGUGCUUAUAGAACCAACUACCUUUGAUGUCCUGACAGAGUCCAUAGCCAUGUUCAUUAAGGACAAGGUUGAAGGGGAGAACACAAGUUGGAUGUUUGUUGCCAUGGCAAUAGGAGCAUGUUGUCUCGUGGUUGCCAUGGUGAUUUGUGUGUUUAGAAAGCCUGCUCAGACGAGAAGUAAAUUUGAAUGAUUCUAUGGAAUGAACUUCCUCAUUGUGCAAUAAACAUUUAUAGCAGUAGUAGUCUCUUGAACACUUUUAAUACUUGUAGCAUUUGGAACGGGUUGCGAAAUAUUGCUAGUGUGAAUGAGUGUAGAAAUGAUUCUUGUUUGUAUUUUGACUGUGUGUAUAAAUAGCAUAAAGCAUUGUUUUAGCUGUUUACUGUUUUUUGAAUAUCUACUUCAUUGAGAUUUGUUAUUGUUGACUAAGGAAUUUCAUAAUAAUACAAACACACUAGUGGGUUAAGUGACUUGCAUUCACUAACUCAUCCCACCUUGCCCCAAUAUCCUGAAAUAUCUUAAUCCCAAGUGGUUUAAGUAUGUUAUUCCCAUUCAACAGAGUGACUUGCAUAAUCUUUAAUUACAAAACAAAUAAGUUUAUUGCGCAUAUCUUUAACAUAAUAAAAGGCCUACAAAGACGUUCAAAGGAGGAAAUUGCACUAUUUAUACUUAAAACUUGUGUGCUGAGCUUGAUCCCGUUAUGAGGGACUGAAGAUGUCACAAGAAAUUGGGGCCUCGUCUUCCAUGCUUCCAUAUAUUAUGCUCUUGCUUUUGUAAUGUUGAGUUUAGAUGUAGAACAGGGUUAGAUGCCUUUAGAUGUAGUGCAUGAUGCGAGUUGUGUGAGUUAAGAUGUAGUACAUGACGCGAGUUGUGUGAGUUAAGAUGUAGUACAUGAUGCGAGUUAUGUGAGUUAAGAUGUAGUACAUGAUGUGAGUUAAGAUGUAGUACAUGAUGCGAGUUAUGUGAGUUAAGAUGUAGUACAUGAUGUGAGUUAAGAUGUAGUACAUGAUGUGAGUUGUGUGAGUUAAGAUGUAGUACAUGAUGCGAGUUGUGUGAGUUUAGAUGUAGGUCAAGACGAUUAAAAUGAAAUAAGAUGUAGUACAGGAUACGUGUUUCAAUGUGUUGCAGCAUGCGAGUUAUAUGAGUUUAGAUGUGGUGAAGGAUACAUGUUAAGAUGCAGUACAGGAUACGUGUUUAUAAGAAGUACAGGAUACGUGUUUAUAUGUAGUACAGGAUACUAGUUUAGAUGUAGUACAGGAUACGUGUUUAUAAGUAGUACAGGAUACUAGUUUAGAUGUGGUACAGGAUACGUGUUUAUAAGUAGUACAGGAUACUAGUUUAGAUGUGGUACAGGAUACGUGUUUAUAAGUAGUACAGGAUACUAGUUUAGAUGUGGUACAGGAUACGUGUUUAUAAGAAGUACAGGAUACUAGUUUAGAUGUGGUACAGGAUACGUGUUUAUAAGAAGUACAGGAUACUAGUUUAGAUGUGGUACAGGAUACGUGUUUAUAAGAAGUACAGGAUACUAGUUUAGAUGUAGUACAGGAUACGUGUUUAUAAGAAGUACAGGAUACUAGUUUAGAUGUGGUACAGGAUACGUGUUUAUAAGAAGUACAGGAUACUAGUUUAGAUGUGGUACAGGAUACGUGUUUAUAAGAAGUACAGGAUACUAGUUUAGAUGUGGUACAGGAUACGUGUUUAUAAGAAGUACAGGAUACUAGUUUAGAUGUGGUACAGGAUACGUGUUUAUAAGAAGUACAGGAUACUAGUUUAGAUGUGGUACAGGAUACGUGUUUAUAAGUAGUACAGGAUACUAGUUUAGAUGUGGUACAGGAUACGUGUUUAUAAGAAGUACAGGAUACUAGUUUAGAUGUGGUACAGGAUACGUGUUUAUAAGAAGUACAGGAUACGUGUUUAGAUGUGAUGCAGGGCGCGAGUUAUAUUAGUUCACAUGUGGUUCAGGAUGCGAGUUAUAUGAGUUUAGAUGUGGUGCAGGACGCGAGUUACAUGAGUUUAGAUGUGAAGCAGCACGCUGGUUAGAUGUGACACAGAAAGUAUAUUGUUACCAGUAUUCUUUGCUCGGAUGUUAGUUAUAUCUCGGUUAUAUACCCCAAAUAUAGGACAUUUUCGCAUGUACACGUUUAACGUCCUAUAUCAUUAUACAACGCUUUAUUGUACAUGUAUGUUGGUAUUUGUGUUAACUUACUAUCACAUUUCAAUCUAAGUAAAUAGAAAUGGUAUUUUAAGUGACUAUCACAAGUCAUAGACGUUGUGUUGUAGACAUAAUUAUACAUGUAGUUUGCUCACGAAAUUUUACAUUCUAUAAUCAGUUUAUUAUUUUAAGAUUGUGUUGUGGUGAAAAGUAUGUGGGAGAUGAAAAUUGAAUGAACUGUUUUAUGUCAAGUGAAUGUGUGUAACCAUGACUGCUACCAGAUGUGUUCCUUGUGUUUUAUUGGAAGUAAAUUAUGAAAUUAU